GAGACUGCUUUUGGACGCGGUGGGGCCGAGAAGCCGGAGUCCCAGCCCGGAGGUCCCGGGCGGUGCACUGGAAGCUGCUGCGGCUGCUGCCCGACGGCCGCCACCUGGGGCCCCCCUGCCACCUCGACCUCAGUUGCCGUCUGCACCUCCGUCUACCCCGCCCGCGUCUGCGCCCCAGCCAGGACGCCGCCCCCGACCGGGUCUCCACUUCUCAGCCGCCCCUCCCAUGACAACGCCCGCGCGAAGAUGGCUGCGAAGGGCGCGCACGGCUCCCACCUGAAGGUGGAAAGCGAGCUGGAGCGCUGCCGCGCCGAGGGCCACUGGGACCGCGUGCCCGAGCUGGUCCGGCAGCUGCAGUCGCUGGGCAUGCCCGGGAGCGGCGGCAGCGGAGGCAACCGGCGAGGCAGCCCGAGCGCCAGGUUCACCUCUCUGGACACCGAUGACUUUGGGAAAUUGCUGCUGGCAGAGGCCCUCCUGGAACAGUAUUUGAAGGAGAACCAUGCCAAAAUAAAAGACUCCAUCCCUUUGCUGGAGAAGAAUGAACAUAGGAUAAAUGAAGCCAAAAAUUAUUUGAGCAGUAUCCUUAACCAUGGGAAGCUGCCGCCACGGUACAUGUGUGAGGCCAUGCUGAUCCUGGGAAAGCUACAUUAUGUGGAGGGCUCCUACCGAGAUGCCAUCAGCAUGUAUGCCCGGGCUGGGAUUGAUGACAUGUCCGUGGAGAACAAGCCUCUGUAUCAGAUGCGACUGCUGGCAGAGGCAUUUGUCAUCAAAGGCCUUUCCCUGGAACGCCUGCCCAACUCCAUUGCCUCCCGCUACCGCCUAACUGAGCGGGAGGAGGAAGUGGUCGCCUGCUUCGAGAGGGCCUCCUGGGUGGCUCAGGUGUUCCUGCAGGAACUGGAGAAGACCACAAACAACAGCACAUCAAGGCACCUGAAAAGCUCUCCCCCUGUUGACUAUGAGCUCUCCUACUUCCUGGAAGCUGCCCUCCAGAGUGCGUUUGUGAAGAACCUGAAGAAAGGAAACAUUGUGAAGGGAAUGAGGGAGCUCCGGGAAAUUCUGCGGACUGUGGAGACCAAAGCAACACAGAACUUCAAAGUGAUGGCAGCCAAGCAUCUAGCAGGGGUCCUGCUGCAUUCUCUAAGUGAAGAGUGCUACUGGAGCCCCCUGUCCCACCCUCUGCCUGAGUUCAUGAACAAGGAAGAGAAUUCCUUUGUUACGCAGGCCCUGCGGAAACCUCACCUCUAUGAAGGGGACAAUCUCUACUGCCCAAAGGAUAACAUAGAGGAGGCCCUCCUACUGCUGCUCAUCAGUGAGUCCAUGGCAACUCGGGACGUGGUGCUGAGCCGUGCUCCUGAGCAAGAAGAGGACCGGAGGGUGAGCCUGCAGAAUGCUGCAGCCAUCUACGACCUCCUGAGCAUUACACUGGGCAGGAGGGGCCAGUACAUCAUGCUGUCGGAGUGCCUAGAGCGAGCCAUGAAGUUUGCAUUUGGAGAAUUUCACCUUUGGUACCAAGUGGCCCUCUCCAUGGUGGCUUGUGGGAAGUCAGCCUAUGCCGUGUCGUUGCUGCGGGAGUGCAUGAAGCUGCGGCCCUCGGACCCCACUGUGCCCCUGAUGGCUGCCAAGGUCUGCAUUGGGUCCUUGCACUGGCUGGAGGAGGCAGAGCACUUUGCCAUGAUGGUGAUUGGCCUUGGAGAGGAAGCUGGAGAGUUCCUUCCCAAAGGCUACCUGGCUCUGGGUCUCACCUACAGCCUGCAGGCCACUGAUGCCACCCUGAAGUCCAAGCAAGAUGAGCUGCACCGCAAGGCCCUGCAGACACUAGAAAGAGCCCAGGAACUGGCUCCUGAUGAUCCCCAGAUCAUCCUGUAUGUCUCUCUGCAGUUGGCUCUUGUCCGACAGAUCUCCAGCGCCAUAGAGCAGCUGCAGGAAGCUCUAACAGUGUGCAGGGACGAUGCCAAUGCCCUCCAUCUGCUGGCACUGCUCUUUUCUGCUCAGAAGCACUACCAGCAUGCCCUGGAUGUCAUCAACAUGGCCAUCACUGAGUACCCCGAGAACUUCAACCUGAUGUUCACCAAAGUGAAGCUUGAGCAGGUACUGAAAGGUCCAGAGGACGCCCUUGUGACCUGCAGACAAAUGCUGCGGCUGUGGCAGACACUGUACAACUUCUCCCAGUUGGGAGGCCUGGAAAAGGAUGGCAGCUUCGGUGAGGGUCUCAUGGUGAAGAAACAGAGUGGCAUGCAUCUGACCCUGCCUGAUGCCCACGAUGCAGACUCUGGCUCUCGGCGGGCAUCAUCGAUUGCAGCCUCACGAUUGGAGGAGGCCAUGUCGGAGUUGACCAUGCCUACCUCAGUUCUGAAACAGGGCCCCAUGCAGCUGUGGACAACACUGGAACAGAUCUGGCUCCAGGCUGCUGAGCUGUUCAUGGAGCAGAAACACCUCAAGGAAGCAGGUUUUUGCAUCCAGGAGGCGGCAGGCCUCUUCCCCACCUCUCAUUCAGUGCUCUACAUGCGGGGUCGGCUGGCUGAGGUGAAGGGCAGCUUGGAAGAGGCCAAGCAGCUAUACAAGGAAGCGCUCACAGUGAACCCUGAAGGAGUACGCAUCAUGCACAGCCUGGGUUUGAUGCUGAGUCAGCUGGGCCACAAGAGCCUAGCCCAGAAGGUUCUUCGAGACGCUGUCGAAAGACAGAGCACCUGCCACGAAGCAUGGCAGGGCCUGGGUGAGGUUCUGCAGGCUCAGGGCCAGAAUGAGGCUGCCAUUGACUGCUUCCUCACAGCACUGGAGCUGGAGUCCAGCAGCCCCGUGCUCCCCUUCUCCAUCAUCCCCAGAGAGCUCUGAGCUACAUGGGUGCAGACAGGGCCUCCCAGCAGGGACAGGGAUGGCAACAAGAAGGCAGCAGGGAACAGGGGUCAGGGAGGGACAGCGGCACGCAAGUGCAGAGCCCCCAGGAAUACAUCUCUAGCAAACACUUCUGUUAGCCUCAGCUCCGCUUCUUCUUACCCCCCACCCAUCCUUCCCCUCAAGGGCCAGCUGGGCCCUGGUGCUGCUCAUCGGGAGCCGGAUGGACAAGCGUUACAUCCAAGGCAUCCCGUGUUCCUGGGACCGUGGCGUUGGGGAGGGGCAGAGGCCGUGUUUCCUCUGCCUUCUUUGUCUGUGCACCAUGGCCCCCAAGCCCAAGCCUCCAUCAGGACUCCCACAUUUCCUAGCUUCGGACAAACUUCAGUUUCCAUUCUGUACCAGAGAUGAGCCCCAUGUGCUUCCCCUGCCUUUGUCCUCUGGCUACAUCAGGCUUUUCCUGGAUUCCGUCCUUGGGGCCUUAGCUUGAAUCUUAAGUGACUUUGCAGAUUAGUAAGGACUGGUUGCUCCUGAAGCCUGGGCAGGGGGAUCCUCAUGGCUGUACUUCAACAUCCCAGCCCCCGAAAUGCUGCUGCCUGGCCGUUCCGGAGCCCCGCCCACG